AUGUGGAGUUUAUUGCUUGUAAUUUUAUUUAAUUGCUUACAAGUAAAAGGCGGCCUACAAUUUAAUAAUUGCGUGGGUAGUGUAAAUUACCAAGGAAUUAUCAAUUAUAACGCUAAAAAUAAUUUAACGGCUAAUAAUACUUAUGCUUGUUAUAAUGGUCAAUGUUCCACAUUUCCUAUUGCUCAUGCUUUUUCUAUGGUAGAUAUAACUUUUCAGUGUGUCAGUCUUAAUCAAUCGGCUUUUUGCAUUACUACUGGUUCCAGUUUGACUGAUGCAUUUGGAGGUUUGUGUGGAGGAAUAUUAGGUGAUACACCAGCAACUAACUUCCAAGAGUUAACUAAUGUUGAUUGUCCUUCUCUAAAUGCCGUAUCUAAUACUCUAUUAAAUGGACCAACUACAGACUCUGCUUUUACUUGGUUAUGUUGUAAUAGUGUCUUCAAUAAUUGCACAGCUUUAAACAAUGUCACUGUAAAUAAUGGUUGGGCGACAACAAACUGCGGACAUGGUAAUAUAUAUAACAGUUUAAUGUGCUUCGCCGAUAAUGGUGGUUGGGUAUGCGCUGGUGGUAAUGAUUUUGCAGUAGCUGUCAAAAAGGUGAUAGUAACUUCUAUUUAUAUCGGCUUUAGUGCGUUUACUUAUAAGUGCAUAUUUCAAUUGGGAGGAAUAGGAUUAUCUAAUAAUCUGCUUUUAAAUUCUAAGAGUGUUAGCUGCAUUUCAAAUUCAAACUGUGAAGAUAAUUAUUAUAAACUAUUAGACACUGCUAUUCCCUUGGCCGCCCUCUUAUUUUUGGCCAUUAUUUUAGUUUUUUAUUAUUGGCAACAAUGUAAAAAAGCGUCAGAAUCGUCAGAACGUGACGACUACUCAUCACAAACAAUAGAUAGUGAUAUAUAG